AUGAGAAGAGGCGACCAAGCAUUAGUGGACCUACUUUUAAAGGAGAAGGCAACGAUCAAUGCGCUGGAUCAACGCGGGAGGACGCCUCUCUGCCUUGGCGUCCUUGAAGGCCGAGCAACCGUGGUGAAGGCGCUGCUUCAGAGGACUGUCGAUACCAACAUUCCUGACAAUGAGAAACGAACGGUACUACACCAUGCGGCACAGAAUGGCAACUGCGAAAUCGUGCGGAUCCUGGUCGACCACAAAGCCGACCCACAUGCCCGCGACGCCCAGAUGAAGAAAGCCUGGCAGCUCGCGGCUGAAAAUGGCGACCACCCAGAUAGUUUGGUGCCAAUGGUCCAACUCCUCGUCGAGAAGGGAGUGGACAAAGACGCGAAAGACCGAUUUGGCAGGGCAGCAAUCGGGAUAGCGGCCGAGUACAAGAAACAUGAGGUUUUGGGGUUGCUACUCUCAAAGGGUGCGAACCCAGACAUCCCGGAUCCGAGGGGCCAGACACCGAUACUGUGGGCGGCGAAAACCUGA